CAUAAACAAAUGGAUUAAAGACAAAGGCAUUUUGUAUUCUGUUAGGAAGAAAAAGCUAAAGACAAAAAAUACAGUAGAGAGAGAAAACAUCAUAGUUUACUGAUUUUGUAGAGGGAGAGAGAGGUGAAGAGUUUUUCACUAAAAUACUCAAAAGGAUUUCUGUUUUAUUGGGUUGAAAACCUUCAGGCUCUUCUGGCCAUCGCCAUCAUUGUCCAUUUGUUCAGCUUUUACUUACUACCACUUUCUCGGUUCCUUUUCUCCUUUUCAUGCUUUUGGGUUCUUUUUGAAUGUUUAUCUGGCUUCUGGGUUUUUGACAAAAGACUCAGACAACCAAGUUUCAGUCUUCAAAAUUGAAACUUUUUUUAUUUUUUGGGUUCUCUUUGUAAUGGUUAUUUGGCGUCUGGGUUUUUGAGAAAAGGCUCGGACAACCAAGUUUAUUGAUAAAAAUUGAAACUUUCUUCUUUGGUUUUGGAAUUUUGGGUUUUGUGAUCUCUGCUGUUUUUCUAAUCUUGGUCUCUGAACUUAGUCGUUUACAACAAAACAAAAAAAUGACCGUGGAGGACCAAAGGGGUGAAGAUGGUGGUGCCUUUGACCGGUUUCCGGUGGGUAUGCGAGUUCUUGCCGUUGACGACAACCCAACUUGCCUCAGAGUAUUGGAGUCUCUGCUUCGUAAAUGCCAGUAUCAGGUUACUACCACUAAUCAGGCAAUCAAGGCUCUAAAAAUGUUGAGGGAAAACAGAAACAGGUUUGACCUUGUCAUCAGUGAUGUGAAUAUGCCGGACAUGGAUGGAUUUAAGCUACUUGAGCUUGUGGGGCUAGAAAUGGACCUACCUGUCAUCAUGUUAUCAGCACUUAGUGAUACCAAGCUUGUGAUGAAGGGAAUCACUCAUGGUGCUGUUGACUAUUUGUUGAAACCCGUUAGGAUUGAAGAGCUUAAGAAUAUCUGGCAGCAUGUUAUCCGCCGAAAGAAGUUGGAUCCCUGUGACCAAAAUAAGCAAUCCGAUCAAGAAAAGAAUUGCCAUGAGUCUGGAGAAGGUGGGAACGGGGUGACAUCAACAGGAUUGGAUCAAAAUGCUAAAACCAAUAGGAAGCGGAAGGAUCAAGAUGAAGACGAGGAAGAAGAGGGUGAAUAUGACGAGCAAGAGAGUGAAGAUCCAUCAUCAACCCAGAAGAGGCCGCGUGUAGUUUGGUCUCCAGAGUUGCAUAAAAAGUUUUGUGCUGCUGUACAUAAAUUAGGCCUCGAAAAGGCUGUUCCUAAGAAAAUUCUUGACCUGAUGAAUGAUGAAGGACUUACAAGGGAAAAUGUUGCAAGCCAUCUACAGAAAUAUAGGCUUUACCUGAAAAGAAUCAACACUGAGGCAAUCCAGCAAGCUAGUGUGCUUGCUUCUCUAAGAGUUAAAGAUUCCUCUUAUGUCCACAUAGACGCACUAGACGGAUUUGGAGAUAUGCACACCAUGAAUGGUUCUGUAAGGCUGGCAAACUCAGCUUUAUCAUCAUCUUACACACAUGGUGGGAUGCUUGGUAGAUUGAACUCUCCAUCGGGUUUGACUAUACGAGGAAUUUCUUCAAAUGGACUCAUUCAACCUGGUAAUUCGCAAAGCUUGAGCAAUUCCUUCAGUACUCUUGGAAAGUUCCACUCUAUGUCUGUAAACCAAAGUCCAAGUUUAUUUCAAGGAAUACCCACUUUGGAGCUCAACAAGUUGCAGAAGCAGCACACAAAGUCCACCACUCAUAUUGGAGAGUUUAACCCCUUGAAUAACUCAACUGGUUUUGCAGUUCCGGCUAGCUUUCCAGACUUAAGAGUGACUCCUGGUAGCUCAGGAAUUGUGUGUAAUUCUUCAAGCAACCCUCUGAUUUUACAACCAAGACAUAGUAGGGGUGUACUAGGAGACCAAUCUUCAGUCAGAGUGACUCAAUUGCUUCCUGAAUCUUUUGACAGUGAAAGCAGAGGUUCCUCUAAUUUUUUAGAUCAUAAUCGUUGUAGUGAAAGCUGGCAAGUUGCUGUUCAGUCAUCAAAAUUUCCACCAACUGCUUUACCUAUGAGUGAGCCUUCAAAUCAUGGACAUAUACAUACUAAUAACUUGGGUAUACCAUCUACCUCUGCACAAAUUGGUAACAACCCACGUGCCUUUUCUUCUACUAGUGCAUUUCUGGCUCCUUUAGCAGGUACAAGAGAUGGACAAGGUCAUGGUGACUUCAUUGGAAAUGUUGUUCAGAGUACAAAUUACACAGAAAAGCAGAGGUGGGGUAACCACAAGCUUAAUCAGAAUUUUGGUGCUCUAAAUUCCAUGGUUUCUGCUAACAACACAAUGGGUUCCUUAAACCAGACUCUGGGCCAAAACAGUGCAAUUUAUAGUGAAAAUUUUGGUAGAUCCAUAGUUGACCAAUUAAAUGGGUGUACUUCAUCUGUCUUUGGGAAUUCAGCUAUGGUUGCCAAAACAGAAACCAAUGAAGACUACCUCUUAGAUCAAUCAAAGGCACAUGAUGAUUUUAUUCAAAACAGUUACGAGUCAUUGGACGAUAUAAUGACUGCCAUGAUGAAACGGGGGCAAAGUGAGACUAUCAUAAUGGAUGGAGAAUUUGGAGUUGAUGCUUACCCUCUUGGAUCAUGUAUAUGAAUCUUCUAGUCAUCACUAUGGAUUCUCUGUGCGGGGAAGGGUAUCAGCUUGUAUCUUAUGUAAUUUCUUUGCCUCUCUCAUGUAAAAUUUUCUCCAUUUUCGGUUAGCUAUAAUAUAUUUGCUAGUGAUUUUGUUUUCCUUGUUCCAAUUGUAAACAGCAAACAUGCAUCAUCUCUCUUUAGUUUUCUCAUGUUAUCCUUUUCAUUUUAUGGUUGGAAUGAAGAACUCAACUUUUAGAUGUGUAAUAUAUGUUUUUCCUUUU